ACAGUUCCACUACGUGUAGUAUAAGCAGUGAGAUUUGCGCUCCCACUGCUUGACAGGAAUUCAUGAAAGUGAGGUACCUUCCUUUGCACUGAGUAAAAAGGAAGCAAAAGCAUUGGGUGAACUGAAGAAAACAGCUGGGCAUUCAUUGUCCAACUGCUUUGUCCUUGGUCAUUGCACUUCAAUCAGCUCACGAAACUUACUUCAUCAUUAAUGUCUUGUGUAAACAAACAGUCGUGCAAGAGCUUUCUUGCUUAAAAUUGUCAACUUAAUUGGCCUGAUUAAUAUUACAAUAUUUUCCUUUUAUGUGUGGGUUUUCUCCGGGUACUCCGGUUUCCUCCCACAUCCCAAAAACAUGCAUUAAUUUGACACUGAAUUGCCCCUGGGUGUGAUUGUGACCGCGACUGUUGUCUGUCUCUAUGUGCCGUGCGAUCCGCUGUAAACCAGUUCAGGGUGUACCCUGCCUCUUGUCCGAUGACAGCUGGGAAAGGCUCCAGCACUUGUGAGGAUAAGUGGUAAAGAAAAUGAAUGGAUUUAUGGAUGGAAGAAAGAAAAUGAAAAAGAAAUAUAUGUUGAAACGCGCCUCGAUAAAAGCUCCUUUCAACGCAAAUUGAUGAUUUUGUCACUCAUACACUAACUUAGUCUUUCCCAGUGAGUUUCAAUGGAUCGUUUUACAGGUGUACCUAUUCAAGGGGACAUUUUUUUAUUGGACUGGUAAAUGUGGGAAAAGAGAUGUUCUGCCACCAUCUAUCGGGCAUAAGAAGAAGGCCACCAUGUACAGUAUUUUCAAGACUCCUCAUUUGGUCACGGUUGUGCUGGAGCCUGCCCCAGCUGACUUCUGGCUACACCCCGGACAGGCUGUCAUUCAAUCGUAGAACACAUGCAAGCAAAAAAAAAAAAAAAAAACCCCACACAAUUCACCAUCAUUCACAAGGUUAAGUUAGUUUUCAACUCACCAGACGUGCAUUAUUGUACUGCGGUGUGAGACGGAGGCUCUCAGCUAGGGACUACAUUUCCCAGGGUGCACUGACAUGGGACGUAGCGUGCCUCCAUUGGCUCCCAAAAAGACGACGCCCUUUAACUCUUCGGUCCCAGUUCACGCGCUGACGCGUUCCAAUGUUCUGUCCCGUACACACAUGGGUUCAUCUGAAAAGUAAAACCAUGGCUUCGAGCCUGUGUUGCGGGUUACAAGACACGAACAGGAUUGUGCGACACGUCAGAAAACGUUGGGCUCAAAGUGGAGUCAGUGGGAAAUAUUUCUCUAGUGUGAAGAACAACGAAUUUAAGCUUCGGGAAUCCACCUUAGCUUCCCCCGAGUUGAACGCAUCUGCGAAGAACUUGACAAGACAGGAGAAGCUAAGAGUGCACAACAUUCCCUUUUCAUCAUUCUUGACAGACAACUUUGGCCGGAGACACAACUACUUGCGCAUCUCCCUAACUGAGAAAUGCAACCUGCGCUGUCAGUACUGCAUGCCAGAGGAGGGUGUGAAGCUUACGCCACGAGGUCAGCUUCUGACCACGGCAGAAGUUUUGACCCUAGCUCGCCUCUUUGUCCAAGAGGGUGUGGAAAAGAUUCGUCUCACUGGAGGAGAGCCUCUCAUCAGACCUGAUGUUCUGGAUAUCGUUGCUGAAUUGAGGAAGUUGGAAGGUCUGAAGACCAUCGCGGUGACAACAAAUGGCAUGAACCUGUCCAGACUUCUCCCUCUACUUAGAGAUGCGGGCCUUGACCUUAUCAACAUCAGUUUGGAUUCUCUGGUACCUUCCAAGUUUGAGUUCAUUGUCAGGCGAAAAGGGUUCCACAAGGUUAUGGAAGGCAUUGAUAAGGCCAUUGAAAUGGGUUACAAUCCAGUCAAGGUCAACUGUGUGGUCAUGCGAGGCCUCAAUGAAGACGAACUGCUCGAUUUCGUAGGUCUGACAGAGAAGAAGCCUCUGGAAGUGCGGUUCAUUGAAUACAUGCCAUUUGAUGGCAACAAAUGGAACUUUAAAAAGAUGGUGAGCUACCAGGAGAUGUUGGAUCACAUUAAGCAGAAGUGGCCCGGCCUGGAAACGCUUCAAACUGGGCACUCAGACACAGCCAAGACCUUUAAAGUGCCAGGCUUCAAAGGGCAGGUCGGCUUCAUCACCUCCAUGUCUGACCAUUUCUGCGGCUCAUGUAACCGCUUACGCAUCACCGCAGACGGCAACCUCAAGGUGUGCUUGUUCGGUAACUCUGAGGUGUCCCUUCGAGAUGUGUUACGCUCUGGAGCGUCAGAUAAAGACCUGCUGCAAAUAAUCGGCGCUGCUGUGGCGAGAAAGAAGAAACAACAUGCAGGCAUGUUCACUAUCUCCCAAAUGAAGAACCGACCUAUGAUCCUCAUCGGCAGCACUUCCCACACACCUUCAUCAAGAGGCUUCUUGACGUGUUUCCACAUUGUCAAUCAACGUGAUAAAAAAAUAUCUCCUCAAGUGGGCCAUUCAGGUGGAAACCGAAUCCUUAAAAGCACAAGUCUUACAUGCCUUCUAUACCACACUCCUUCAAUACUGCCAGACCAUGACUGCUGCACUACAAACAUAAUGACAGAACCCUUGAUCAAUGUACUACACCGCUUGUCUUACUUUAAUGGUGGUCAAACUGCAUCUCCUUAUCACACCAACACUGUGCCGAACAACCCCCAAACAAAUGAUAGCCGCUUACCCAAACACUUACUCAUGAAGGCCAAAGUCAACUGUACACAACAUAGUGUGAGACAAUAUCACAGUAAGAUUCCUAGCAAAGACCAUUGCAUCUCUCUGUCUGCAAGUGAGACCGGCGGCCCUCACCUUGAUGGGAGCCCAAAUGCCCAGCUGACACACACAGACCCUCAAGGCCGAGCUAGCAUGGUGGACGUUGGUGGUAAAGUGCCAACACAUCGGGUAGCCAAGGCUCACGGCACCGUGCUUUUGGGCCCCGUUGCCUUUGGGCUGCUCCGGGACAACCAGCUGGUUAAGGGUGACGCCUUGGCGGUGGCCCAGUUGGCUGGCAUCAUGGGCUCCAAACAGACAUCGGCCCUCCUUCCGCUUUGUCACCCGCUCCCUCUAGACCAAACCUCAGUCGCCCUGGACCUGGACGAGCAGCUCAGCGCUGUGGUUAUCACGGCGACGUGUUGCACUACUGGCAGGACAGGUGUCGAGAUGGAGGCUUUGACUGCCGUUUCCGUAGCAGCUCUGACUAUUUAUGACAUGUGUAAGGCAGUGAGCCAUAACAUCAUCAUUACUGACAUAAAACUACUUAGUAAGACUGGCGGGAAGAAAGACUUUCUCCGACCUUCUACCUGAAUGAAAACGUUGCACACAAUCCGUAAUUGCUUUCUUUGGGGACAUAGAACCACGUUCUGUGAGGUCUCUUGCAGUUUCCCAUUAGCAAGUGUCGUCUUCUUCUUUUCCUUUCGGCUUGUCCCGUUAGGGGUAACCACAGCAUGUCAUCUUUUUCCAUCUAAGCCUAUCUCGUGCAUCUUCCUCUCUAACACCCACUGUCUUCAUGUCUUCCCUCACAACAUCUAUCAACCUUUUCUUUAGUCUUCCUCUCACUCGUUUGCCUAGCAGCUCCAUCCUCAGCACCCUUGUUCUAAUAUACUCACUCUCUCGCUUUUGGACAUGUCAAACCAUCGAAGUCUGCACUCUCGGACCUUGUCUCCAAAACAUCCAACUUUGGCUGUCUCUCUAAUGAGCUCAUUUCUCAUCCUAUCCCACCUGCUCACUCCGAGUGAGAACCUCAACAUCUUCAUUUCUGCUACCUCAAGUUCUGCUUCCUGCUGUUUCUUCAGAGCAUCUGUCUUUAAUCCAUACAUCAUGACUGGCCUCACCACUGUUUUAUAAACUUUGCAUGAGGGAUUUUGGCCCACUUCUCUAGAUCAGACAGAUUUCUGGGCUGUGGCUGAGAUAACAGAGUUUCAUCUCCCUCCCAAGAUUUUCUAUUGGGUUUAGAUCUGGAGACUGGCUAGGCCACGCCAGAACCUUGAUAUCCGGGUUUCCUAGCUGUGUGCUUCGGGUCAUUGUCAUGUUGAAAGACCCAGCCACGACCCAUCUUCAAUGCUCUGACUGAGGAAAAGAGGUUGUUCCCCAAAAUCUCACAAUACAUGGCUGCGGUCAUCCUCUCCUUAAUACAGUGCAGUUAUCCUGUCCCAUUUGCAGAAAAUCACCCCCAAAGCAUGAUGGUACCACCCCCAUGCUUCACAGUAGGGAUGGUGUUCUUGGGAUGGAACCCUUCAUUCGUCUUCCUCCAAACACAGUAAGAGGAAUUAUGACCAAAAAGUUCAAUUUUGGUCUCAUCUGACCACGAAACAUUCUCCCAUGACUCCUCUGUAUCAUUCAAAUGGUCAAUGGCAAACUUAAGACGACGGGCCUUGACAUUUGGUAGUUUAAGCAGGGGAACCUUCUGUGCCAUGCAAGAUUUCAAACCAUGAUGUCUUAGUGUAUUACCAACAGUCACCUUGGAAACGGUGAUCCCAGCUCUUUCCAGGUCAUUCCAGUCACAGAACCAUAUCGUGUAGUCCUGGGCUGGUUCCUCACCUUUCUAAAGAUCAUUGAGACCCCACGAGGUGAUAUCUUGCAUGGGGCUUCACUACGAUUGAGAUUGACCGUCAUGUUUCGCUUCUUCCAUUUUCGAAUGAUUGCUUCAACAGCGGACCUUUUUUCACCAAGCUGCUUGGAAAUGUCUCCGUAGUCCUUUCCAGCCGUGUGAAGUUGUAUAAUUUUGUCUCUGGUGUCUUCAGACAGCUCUUUGGUCUUGGCCAUGUUACAAGUUUGAGUCUUACUGAUUGUAUGGGGUGGACAGGUGUCUUUAUCCAGCUAAUGACCUCAUACAGUUGUCCCUGAUUCAGGAUAAUACAUGGAGUGCAGGUGGACUUUUAAAGGCGGACUAACAGGUCUAUGAGGGUUGGAAUUCUAGCUGAUAGACAGGUGUUCAAAUAUUUAUUUGCAGCUGUAUCACACAAAUUGUUAAAAAAUCAUACAUUGUGAUUUCUGGAUUAUCUCUCUCACAGUGGACACGCACCUACGAUCAAAAUUUCAGACCCCGCCAUGAUUUCUAAGUGGUAGAACUUGCAAUGUAGCAGGGUGUUCAAAUCCUUAUUUUCUUCACUAUAUAUUCUGUUUUACUUCAGCUAAUCUUCAUGCCUCUCCUUUCCAGUCCAUACCUCCAUCUUUUUAAUUAUUACUCCACCUGUUACCUGCUUUCACUGUAUAUCACAAUCUCAUCUGCGAACAUCAUAGUCUGAGGGCUCACCUGUCAGCCUAUCCAUUACCACAGCGAACAGGGAUGGCUCAGAGCUCAUCCCUGAUUUAAUCUCACCUUCACCUUAAAUUCCUCUGUUACUCCUACGGCACACCUCACCACUGUUCUGCUGCCUUCAUGCAUGUCCUGUACUAUUGUAAUAUAUUUCUCCACCACACCAGACUUCCACAUGCCGUACCACAGUUCCUCUUUUGGUACUCUUUUCAUAGGCAGAACCUUUAGCAAGCUACUGGUUGAAAUGAGUCUUUUAACUUACUGGACUUAAUUUUCUCUAUAAAGACCCCUAUUGCUUUUAGGUAAUAGAGAACAAAAUGUUCAGGCUCAAGGAAGGAAGAAAAUAAAUUAUUGUUCCCUUUUCAAGGUAGCGCACAAUACAUUUGUUACAAUGGAUUUGGAAUAACAUCCAAACCAUUGAAAGGUCGUAUUGAUGUGUUUUUGUCAAUAUUUUGAGACUUGUUCUAUCAGUAGUCCCAGCUGUUAAUGAAGAUUAGCUUUGUUGGAACUCCACAGUGCCAUACUUAAUUGAGCUCUCACUGUAACCAUGCCUUAUAUUGUUGAAAAAAUAUAAGUAAUUACAUUAAAUUUGUUU